GAGCCGCAUCAGUGCUUGAAAUGCUGGGGUCCAUGUGGUAGCACAUAAUGAGGUAUCAGGCUAGAGGAAGCAGAACUUCAAAGGGGCCCAGGAUAACAAAAUGGCGAGGAUGUGACCUCCUGGAUCAAAUCAUUACCAGACUGAGCCUCCGGUCCUCCAGUAAGCUGCACAGAGGAGAACAUUCAGUAUCAGCCUGAGCGGCUUGCUUGGGCCAUUACCACUAGGGCCUCUCUAGAGAAUGGAUCUGAACCCCAUUUCUGAGUGUCCUCCACUCCCCACAUCUCCAUGAGUAGGGACUCUUUAGGUGCUCGCUCACUCUGCCCUACGUGGAUCCUGUGCUGCUUGAGUCCAACAGUACCAAACCACGCCCACUCGUUCCAGCCCAGGGCAAACAGGCACGCGCAGUCUUUGCCCGUUGCUCUGGUCACAGCCCCACCCACCCAGACUCGUUGUCCUGGAGAGGGACUCGCACAGAUCCUGCAGUUGCUGGCCAACUGGGUCUGGUGAGUGGCGAUCUUCAGGGUGAGGCCCACAGAGUCCUGUCUCAUCUUGCCUCUCACUCAAGGGGUCCAGAAUCACCAGAAUGUCAAAUGAGCCGAGUGCUACGGGGACCUCACCUAGGACACCACGUCCCGGGGCCCAAAAAUCAUCCGGUGCGGUAACCAAGAAGGGGGACCGGGCUGCUAAAGAGAAGGCAGCAACUGCCCUGCCUCCAGUGGGUGAGGAGGAGCCAAAAAAUCCCGAGGAAUACCAGUGCUCCGGGAUCCUGGAGACAGACUUCGCCGAGCUCUGCGCACGGUCAGGCUACACGGACUUUCCCAAAGUUGUCACCCGGCCACGGCCCCAUCAGAACUUUGUCCCUUCUGCCUCCAUGUCAGAAAAACCCACCCAAGAGGACCAGCGGCUAUCAGCAUCCUGUAGCCAGAACAGCAUGGAGAGCAAAUACGUGUUCUUUCGGCCGACCAUUCAGGUGGAGAUGGAGCCGGAGGACAGCAAGGCAGUGAAAGAGGUCUACAUCCGGGGUUGGAAAGUUGAGGAUCGGAUUCUGGGUAUCCUCUCCAAAUGUCUGCCCUCCCUCAGCCAGCUGCAAGCCAUCAACUUGUGGAAGGUGGGGCUGACGGAUAAGACCCUGACCACGUUCAUCGCCCUUUUGCCUCUCUGUUCCUCCACACUCAGGAAGGUAUCUCUGGAAGGGAACCCACUACCGGAGCAGUCCUAUUACAAGCUCAUGGGCCUGGACAGCACGAUUGCUCACUUGUCUCUGAGGAAUAACAACAUCGAUGACCAUGGGGCACAGCUCCUAGGCCAGGCACUGUCCACACUGCACAACAGCAACCGGACCCUUGUUUCACUGAAUCUGGGAUUCAACCACAUCGGAGACGAGGGUGCAGGCUACAUUGCGGAUGGCCUGAGGCUGAAUCGCUCUCUCCUCUGGUUGUCCCUGGCACACAAUCGUAUUCAAGACAAGGGAGCACUGAAGCUGGCCGAGGUCCUGCGCCCCUUUGAGCUGACCCACAGGGAGGUGGUGGAGCGGAGGCGCCUGCUGCUGGAGAAAGGAUCGCAGGAGCGGUCACGAUCGCCUUCCUCCUCCCGACAUGGAGACUCCAAAACGGAGCGUGAGAAGUCUCAGACGAUGGGGAUCAGCAGUGCUGCUUUGGCGGACAAGCCAGAAAAGAUGCAGACAGUGAAAACACCUAAGGGCCUGGGCAAGAAAAAGGAGAAGUCAGGGGAAGUUGUAAAGAAGGAAGAGAAGUCGGGCCCCGGGCAGUCACCCACACAAGGAACCCCUAAGAAAGAAGAUGCCACGAAGGCAAGCAAGGGGAAGGUCACCAUCCCCGAGCAGAAGAUGACCAAGGGAAAAGGGCCCAAGACGGGGAGCAAAGAGAAGCGCAGCAUCCUCCUGGAGUCCGAGCAGCUGGUUGUUGAAGCUACAGAGAUGGUCAACCCUCUCCUGGAGCCUGUGGAGCACCGAGAUGGGAAAGUUUUCAUGCCUGGGAACAAGGUCCUUUUGCACCUCAACCUCCUCCGAAACCGAAUUACAGAGGUGGGGUUGGAAGGUUUCCUUACUGCUGUGCAAUACCAGGUUCAGUUCUCCAAGCCCAAGACUUCAUCCAAGGGUCCCUUGGGGCUGCUGUGGCUAUCCCUGGCGAAAAACUGCUUUGACCCACAGUGUCCAACAUACACCAUGAUUCAGGAACUGAUGCUGCCAAGGGACCCUGUGAAGGCCAAGGUCAGGGAGGAGGAGGCCACAGCUACCUAGGCUUCCCAUGGGAGACACCUUGGACCAGUAACAGCCUAUUGCUGUGCUAUUCUUUGAAAAUCACUUCAGAACUGUUGGGAACAUUUGGGCUCCCGAGUCUGUUCAUAUUGCCAUGGCAGAGUGGUGGCCUGAAUCACACGAUAUCUGUUGGGGGGAUGAACUGAGCUCCUGGCUACAAAGCCGGGGCCCUUGUUCCACCUCCCGAGUGUCCCAUGCUUUGCAGCUGAGGGUAGGUUAUGAGAGCCGUGUUCCUUUGGGUGAAGUAACCAGCAGCAUCCCCUAGCCCAUCUCCGCCAGCAUGCACACAGCUGAUGAUGGAGUCAGCACAACGGAUGAAGGGAACAAGCUGGGAACUAGGACCCACCCCCAGCACUCCAACCCAUGUGUCUGCCUGGCUAGUGAGACAAAUGCACUCUGGAGAGGGUAUUGUAGCCAUAUUUGCAUAGCAAAGGCCAGACAUUAGACAUGGCAGGUCAGCAACUUGAAAUCAUGGACAUCCAGAGUUGGGACUGCCAGGCUGCCUCUAAAUUUUGGAGAGCCCAUGCUAACCUAUAGGGAAUCUCCAACCGAGGUAAAGAGGACAUCUCUUUCAUCUCCUGGCCUCUGCCUGCCAACCUGCUGCUUCAGCACUGGCUGCUGAGUGGCUCCAGGGACAUCUAUCUCCCAUUGCUCUGAGUCCCAGCACUGAUCAUCCAUGAUGGCUUCUCCAGUUACACCUGCCAGGUCCUCUACAGCUCUGGCUAGUCCUGACAUAUGGGAAGGAGAGGGAUGAGGGAAGUGAGGUGACCCCUCUUCAUGCUUUGCAGCUGAGGGUAGGUUAUGAGAGCCCUGUUCCUUUGGGUGAAGUAACCACAAUGUCUUUUUUUGGGCCAAGGUCAUUUGUCCAACCUCUUUUGAGAAGGCACACACCUGGAACUUUGGGAGAGGUGACCUGGUGUGGGAUGCUGUGGCAGGGGCUCUUCUGGCUCCCUCUACCCAUUCUUGACCAGUCACAACCAACAUACCCUAUAUCAGUCUAAGAAUCAUACAGCCACAAUGGAAGAAUAUUUAACCUUUCUUUAAAAAAACUUAACCAUGAAAGGAAGAAAAUAAGAGUAUACAUUAUUUUAACAGCAAAACAGUCAUUUCCAUAUCCAUAUUUUAUAUAUUAUAUAUAUUUAUAUAUAUGUAUAUAUACACCUAGCACAGUGUGUAUGUUCAUCAGUGGGGAGUGGAGUGGGAGCAUGGCAAUGAGCCAAUGUUGCUGUGGCCCCCGGGGAAGGGUUCUGAAUUAACUCGAACUCUGCUUUCUUAGGGUCUGUUUUGAGCUCCUUAUCGUACCUGCUGUAUCUGUUUCUAUGGGGCAAAUAGGGAAGGGGUGAGCAUGAGUGAGGCAAGAUGCUCCCCACAGGCUCAUCUCCUGACAACGGAAGGUCCUGGAGCUUAACAGUGCUGGAAGAACUCCCAGCCUGUGGAACACAGACAGUCACCACCCUGAGCUGGGCUGCUGACUGGCUCUCAUCUUACCGGUCUCUGACGGGUUGAGCAUG